CGGGAAUGGAAAAUUUCACUAGAUAGCGCCAAUCUGGGACACGUCAAUAGUCCUGGCCACCAAAUGUAUCCAAUAAGAACCGUCACGUGUGAGAGCUUUCCUCCUUUUCAAGAUUCCUUUUCAACCGUCGAUAUCAUUCUAUUAAAAAGCAGAUCAAACGGUACAGAUAUCGAUCCGCGUCAACUUAAUGUAUCCAAUCAUAUCACUCCAUAGGAUCUAUAUAAAAGCAAUAUCUCAAUUUUUUCUAGGUCAUCAAGCAAUCCAAAGCGAUUAAACCUACUCAAUCUCAGAUCUCGUUAAACCUAGAAACCUCGAGAAAAACCGUAUCAAUGGCGCCGAAAGCAGAGAAGAAGCCCGCUGAGAAGAAACCAGCUUCCGAGAAGCCGGUGGAGGAGAAAUCAAAAGCCGAGAAAGCUCCGGCGGAGAAGAAACCAAAGGCCGGAAAGAAGCUCCCGAAGGAAGCUGGUGCCGGAGGCGACAAGAAGAAAAAGAUGAAGAAGAAGAGUGUCGAGACUUACAAGAUCUACAUCUUCAAGGUGCUUAAGCAAGUUCAUCCCGAUAUCGGAAUCUCCAGCAAAGCGAUGGGGAUCAUGAACAGUUUCAUUAACGAUAUCUUCGAGAAGCUUGCUCAAGAGGCGUCGAAGCUUGCGAGGUACAAUAAGAAACCUACGAUCACUUCUCGGGAGAUUCAGACUGCUGUGAGAUUGGUGCUUCCUGGAGAGUUGGCGAAGCAUGCCGUUUCUGAGGGGACUAAAGCCGUCACGAAAUUCACCAGCUCUUGAAUAAUUGAGUUAGGGUUCUUAUCAUAUGGAUGUUGCUCUGCUUUAGGGUUAAUGGAAUUUGGAAGAUCUGAGUUAGGGUUUUAGAAUGUCCUUUAAGUAUCUCUGUUUCGUUUGGAAUUUCUACGUUUUGUAAGUACUGCUGCUAUUGAUAAUGUUUGGAGUCUAUAUUUGCUCUUUGUGUCCCAAUCCUGUCGUAUUGAGAGUUGCUCGUUGUUUUACUCGUAUUCAAUCUUUGCCUUGCAGAAAUUACACUGUGAUCUAGUAACCACAUUUCAGUAAGUGCCCCAUGAAUUGGGUUCGUAAUAUGAAUUGUAAGUGGCAUUCUGAUCGUUGUGGAUUAUGGAUUCCAACUUUUGCUUCGAAUUUGAUUUUUAGCUGAGAGUUGGUCUUAGACUUGCUAGAUUAUUCUAAAGCAUUAAUACUCGUUUAGUUUCAUGUUGCGAACUAUGAUUACAUUGCUAGUCUCAUGCUUGAUUUGUUCUUAGUUUUGGUUUAGUUUUUGUA